CGCCAGUUACCCUUCUUCACUCCAUCCACCAUGUCGAACGUCAUUCUUGUUACGGGUGGUAGCGGCCUCGUCGGACAGGGCAUCAAGCACGUAAUCGAGACUGAGCCAGCCGAGUCGCGGUUCGGCAAGCAUUCGAAUGAGACCUGGGUCUUUGCGACUUCGAAGGAGGGGGACCUGCGGGAUCCAGAGCAGACACGAAAAUUGUUUGAAAAGUACAAGCCAACCCAUGUCAUUCAUUUGGCGGCAGUCGUGGGCGGAGUAUUCGCCAACAUGAGGAGUAACGCCAGUUUCCUGAGGGACAACCUCCUCAUUAAUGACAAUGUCUUGCACACGGCCUACCUCUUCAAAGUCAAAAAAGUCGUGUCGUGUCUCUCGACGUGUGUCUUCCCGGACAAAGUCACUUAUCCCUUGGACGAGACCAAAAUUCACCUCGGCCCACCCCAUCCUAGUAACUUUGGCUACGCCCAUUCAAAGCGGACGGUGGAUAUCGUGAACCGCGCCUACAAGGAGCAGUACGGCUGCAACUUUACCUCUGCCAUCCCCACGAACGUGUUUGGCCCCUACGAUAACUUUGAUUUGGAAGAUGCUCACGUUAUCCCCGCCCUAAUUCAUAAAUGCCUGCUAGCCCAGAAGAACAACACACCCUUCAUCGUUGGUGGAACUGGAAAGCCCCUGAGGCAAUUCAUUUAUUCUCAUGAUCUUGCCAAAAUGUUUAUCUGGCAGCUUCGAGAGUAUGAAGACGUUGAGCCUGUUAUCUUUUCAGUCGGAGAAAACGAGGAAGUCACUAUCAAAGAUGUAACGGAUGCUAUCGUGAAGGCGUUGAAUUUCCAAGGCGAUUACACUUUCGAUACGACUCGCGCAGACGGUCAAUACCGUAAACCUGCCUCCAACCAGAAAGUUAUCUCCCUCAUGGGAGGUUUCCAGUUCACUCCUUUCUCUGAAGCCCUCGACGCAACUGUGAAGUGGUUCUUGGAAAACUAUGAUACUGCCAGGACAGGGCUCAAGAAAACGUCUUCGUAGAUAGAAUGGACAGUUUCGCAUCACAGGCAUAAGGAAAUCGAACACGCAACCAAUUUCAUCCAAUCGUCAGCUCUGCGGGUAUACGUAAGAAACAAGCACCAUGAAUGUCCAGCGGUCUAUAUACGCAAGACACAGUAUAAUACCUAAUUUUGAU